ACCUUUACCAACCUAGUUUUAGCGAUAGCCAUUGGACAGAGGAUACAUCUUACCCUUACCAAACCGACUUCUAUAAUGAAAAGGAACGAAAAGGAUAACAAGAAAUUUGAGCUUGAAAAAUAUCAAGCAAUUUUGAUGGACCUACUGAGAAGUGAUGAUAAUAAUUUUUGCAUUGAUUGCAAUAGUAAAGGACCACGUUGGACAUCUUGGAAUUUAGGAAUAUUCUUGUGUAUACGAUGCGCUGGGAUUCAUAGGAAAUUAGGAGUUCAUAUAUCUAAAGUGCGAUCAGUAAAUUUGGAUUCAUGGAACGCAGAGCAAAUUGCGAUGAUGCAAGAAAUAGGAAAUAGUAGGGGAAGGGCUAUAUAUGAAGCAAACCUUCCCGAUUCAUUUGCAAGACCUCAGACAGACUCAUCUUUGGAAGAAUUUAUUAGAAAUAAAUAUGAACACAAGAAAUACAUAGCUAAAGAAUGGUGUCCUCAAAAACCAAAAGUGAAGCCAACAACAUGUUCUCAAAAAGAGAAAUGUGGUAAGAAGAAAAAGACUAAAGCUCGAUCUGAUGACCGUGUAGUUGACACAACUACAAAGUCCCAAUUAAAUGAUAAAAAUGAGAAAACAAAACAGGAUGAUAAAAAUAAAUGUGAAAUAAAAGAGUCACAAAGUCAAUCAGCUUUGGUAGACUUAUUAAGCCUUGACGAUUUUUCUAAAACUCCUCAAACUAAUAACGAUUUGACUGAUCUUUUGGGAGAUUCAACGACAAGUGAUAAAAAUUCCAAAUCAUCUUCACCAUCUGGUAUACCAAGCGAUCUAUUAAAUAUUCAGGAAGAAGCAAACAAGAGUAAAUUGAGUACUAAGGAUAUAAUGGCAUUAUAUGGUUCAAAAAACCAUUCGUCUUUUGCAACAACUGGUAAUAAUUCUACAAAUCACGCUAAUAAUUAUAACUCGGGGUUUUACGUUCAACAACAACAGCAACUAUCCAAUACUUUCCCCAAUCAGAUACAGAAUACGACAUCGAUUUAUGGAUUUCAAAAAAAUAAUUUGAACAAUUCUCCGAAUUUCUCAAUCAUUCAGGCACAAAAUGGAAUGACAACCUUGAACAUAUCUCAACAGAUGUCCCAUAACGAACAAAGUAACCUUCAAUCCGAACCGUCUGCUGGACAAACUUUAUCGGAAAAAUUGUGGAGAUAACGAUUUCUAUAUGUAGCUUAAUUUGAGGAAUCUCUGAAUAUAAUUAGGAAAAUAACGAUAGUUUAAGAAAUAAAUACUUGAUUUUUCAAUUUUUUUUUCUUUAAAACGUGUAUUUCAUGGUUUUUUCCUCUGCUUUAGAGAAGUUGCGUGGGACGUUUUGUAUAAUUUCAUGUGUAUUUUCUGUCUCUAUUGAAGUAUACUAUAUGUAUUAAAUAUUUAAAUAACCAUCAUCUUAUUUAUUCAAUUUUUGUCAAUGGUCAUUUUGCUUGAAUAAGUUAUAUUUAUUAAUCAGUGCAUUUCCUUU